AGGAGGCUCCGCGGCAGAGCGGAAGGUGCCCGGCUGGGGACGCGCUGCGGGAACUUUUCUCCUCAGCCGCCGCCGGCCUGUCACUCGCGCGCCGCGCAUGGAGCGGCCCCACGGCGGGGAGGCUGCGGGGGCGCCGAGCCCCGCGGCGGGGUGCUGAGGCGGGGAGACCCCCCCCUCCCUCCCCGGGGGUGGAGCGAGCGGGGUAAAUGCUCUGGCUCCACGGGCCGCUGCGGAGUCACGCCGGAGUCACUCGCGGCUCGUCACGCACCGUCCCCGCGGCAGGAAUGACUGAGGAGACACUUCUUUAAAAUUUGCUUGGCUCUGCACUUCACACAUAGACUUUACACAGAGAUUGAGAAUUACCUUCCAGCACUUUGUGAACUGGGACACACUUAGAAGAACCUGUAUGGGAUCCUAAGGACUUAACAGAUGGAUGAUGUGCUUACGAUGAUUAAGGUCAACAUGGAUUCGUGGUUCUUUGUCCUCUUGCUUGGAAGUGGCCUGAUGUGUCUAGGUGCGCACGUCACUACCUCAGUGCCACCGUCCGUAGAGCACACCUCCACCAAGCAUUCCGUGAAAGCCCCUACAUCAGAGCCAGAUGGCGGAAAGGGCACUAAUCCAAACAGUCUGAAUGCUAGCUCUCCAAUGACCGUACCUAGCAUGGCACCUGGGCCUACUACCACGCAAGCCACAGAGCUCCCUCCUCACACCACUGUCAGCUUGCUGGGUAAUGAAACCCAUACCAUGAGGACAACUGUGCCUGCACCUGGGUCCACCUCCAGUCCACCCAGCACGACGUCUUCUGCUGCACAAACCGCUUCACAAGACAUAAAGACAGUGCCUGCAAUGGGGAACAUCACUGUGGCAGUAACUUCUCCAGAAACCAUUGUCACUUCAGGUGAGCCGUCAAAAGGCCCAGGUGAUUCUGAUCCGGACAGAAGAGAUGAGACUCCAAUUAUAGCUGUAAUGGUGGCCCUAUCUUCCCUGCUAGUCAUAGUAUUUAUAAUUAUUGUGCUGUACAUGUUAAGGUUUAAGAAAUACAAGCAAGCUGGGAGCCAUUCCAACUCAUUUCGCUUGUCCAAUGGUCGAACAGAUGACACAGAGCCUCAGAGCAUGCCACUGCUUGCCCGAUCUCCCAGCACCAACAGGAAGUACCCGCCACUACCUGUGGAUAAAUUGGAAGAGGAGAUUAACCGACGAAUGGCAGACGACAAUAAGCUCUUCCGGGAAGAAUUCAACGCUCUGCCAGCAUGCCCCAUCCAGGCCACAUGCGAAGCUGCCUCCAAGGAGGAAAACAAAGAGAAGAACAGAUAUGUGAACAUUUUGCCCUAUGAUCAUUCCAGGGUUCAUCUGACUCCCAUCGAAGGUGUCCCGGAUUCUGAUUACAUUAACGCCUCCUUCAUUAAUGGGUACCAAGAAAAAAACAAGUUUAUUGCUGCACAAGGACCAAAAGAAGAAACAGUGAAUGAUUUCUGGAGAAUGAUUUGGGAGCAGAACACAGCAACAAUAGUCAUGGUGACUAACCUGAAAGAGAGAAAAGAGUGCAAAUGUGCUCAAUACUGGCCAGAUCAGGGCUGCUGGACUUAUGGAAACAUCCGGGUGUCUGUGGAGGAUGUGACUGUCUUGGUUGACUACACAGUGCGAAAGUUCUGCAUUCAACAGGUAGGUGAUGUCACAAACAAAAAGCCUCAGCGCCUGGUGACCCAGUUCCACUUCACCAGUUGGCCUGACUUUGGGGUCCCCUUCACCCCUAUUGGGAUGCUGAAGUUCCUGAAGAAGGUGAAGAUGUGUAACCCCCAGUAUGCAGGAGCGAUAGUCGUUCACUGCAGCGCCGGGGUAGGACGCACAGGCACUUUUAUCGUCAUUGAUGCCAUGCUGGACAUGAUGCAUGCAGAGAGGAAGGUGGAUGUGUACGGUUUUGUGAGCCGGAUCCGGGCUCAGCGCUGCCAGAUGGUACAGACCGAUAUGCAAUAUGUGUUUAUAUACCAAGCACUUCUGGAGCACUAUCUGUAUGGAGACACAGAGCUAGAAGUGACCUCACUAGAGAGCCAUCUCCAGAAAAUCUACAACAAAGUACCCGGGACCAGCAGCAACGGGUUAGAGGAGGAGUUCAAGAAACUAACUUCAAUCAAAAUCCAGAAUGACAAGAUGAGAACAGGCAACUUGCCGGCAAAUAUGAAGAAAAACAGGGUGCUUCAAAUAAUUCCAUAUGAGUUCAAUCGAGUGAUCAUUCCAGUGAAGAGAGGCGAAGAGAACACAGACUAUGUCAAUGCGUCCUUUAUUGAUGGUUAUCGCCAGAAGGACUCAUACAUUGCCAGCCAGGGCCCUCUUCAGCACACACUAGAGGAUUUCUGGAGGAUGAUCUGGGAGUGGAAAUCCUGCUCUAUAGUUAUGUUAACAGAGCUGGAAGAGAGAGGCCAGGAGAAAUGUGCCCAGUACUGGCCUUCUGAUGGCUCUGUGUCCUAUGGAGACAUCACCAUGGAGCUGAAAAAAGAGGAGGAAUGUGAGAGCUACACAGUGCGGGACCUGCUAGUAACAAACACCAGGGAAAACAAGAGCCGGCAGAUUCGACAGUUCCAUUUCCAUGGCUGGCCGGAAGUUGGAAUCCCUAGCGAUGGGAAAGGAAUGAUCAAUAUCAUUGCAGCUGUGCAGAAACAGCAGCAGCAGUCUGGGAACCAUCCAAUCACUGUGCACUGCAGUGCCGGGGCAGGAAGAACAGGAACCUUUUGUGCACUGAGCACUGUCCUGGAAAGGGUUAAAGCCGAGGGGAUUCUGGACGUCUUUCAGACAGUGAAGAGUUUAAGAUUACAGAGGCCACAUAUGGUGCAGACACUGGAACAGUACGAAUUCUGCUACAAGGUGGUGCAGGAAUACAUUGACGCCUUCUCAGAUUACGCCAACUUCAAGUGAAAAAACAAAACAAAAAGAAACAAAUGACAGAAGAGUUGCCUUCUUUAAUAUUUUGUAAUAUUCUGUUUGUUAAUAUACCCCCCAAAAUAUGUGUAUAUAUCUUAACUGUUUUAGAGAUUGGUACCAUAGGCUUCAUAUUAGCUGGAGAUUUUAUAUGUAGCAAAAGUGUUAGCGCGGAUACUGUUGGCUCCUUUUUUCCAAUGUUUUAUUGGGGAAUUAAAUAGCGUGAUGUUUGGAUUAAUAUUGUCAAUCCAUCUCUCUGCUGGAGAGUUGAUAUAGGCUGUUGUUUUGUUUGUAAAUCUUUUUUUUUUUUUUUCCCUGAGGGAGUAAAGCCUUUUUAAAAAUAAUAGUAUUCUGGAUCUCAUCUAAAAGCACAAGCUUUUCCAAACCUGUGGGGAAAUGGUUUCACAUUUUCCUGCUGUUCUGCUCUUGAAAGAAAGAAAGGAAGGAAGGAAGAAAAGGAAGAAAAAAGCUUAUUCUGUAUAUAUCCUAGUUUUUGUAUAAAAAGAGAAAAAGCAAAAGUUUUUUUCUCCGGGACUAAAUAACUCUGCGUCACCAACUGAGAAUGGUAAUGGACUUGUAAGUGGCAGCAACAGUUGGGAUUUCAACCAGAAAAAAAGGAUUUUUGCUCCCUAAAGGAAACUUCCCUGUGUGUGUGCCAGAUUUCAGAUUGGUUUUAUCUGCCGCUCAGCUUGGCAGUUAUUGGCAAGCAACACGGUAGGUCGUUUAGAUGUCUAGCUGAACUGUAGGUACAGUCAGGUACGUGGAUGGCCUUACCUGCUCCUGCAAUUAACAAAGGCCAUUGUCUGAAAUCCUCUGGCUCUCUUAUCAGUCUGUGUUCAUCAGUGAACAGUAGCAGCUUUGUUGUUGUUAGUAUUAAGAUUCAUUCUCUCUCUCUCUCGGCAAAGCCGAAUGUUUCAUUCUAGCCUUGUGUACUCUGGGAGUUUCAGCCAUUGGUGUCCAGCAAGUGGUAUAGCUUCACCAGCACAAAUGCUUAGUGUAGACAGGCAAAGCCUCAAUAAGUCACCGUUUGUGCCUCUGCCUGAAUCUGGGGUUGAGCUACACGUGUGAAAAUCAUGGCUUCUUGCAGCUCUGCCUGUCCAUGUGGGGAGUGUGCACUGGCUCAGCUCCACCAAUGGCUGCAGCUGGGGCAAAUCCACAGUGUAGACAAGGACUUGGACUGUGUUCUGCCAUGAGAGCUGUGUUUACUUCAUGUUUGUCUUACACCUGCCAAGGGGGUGUGUUAUGGCCCAUGUCAGUUAUGGGUUGCCCGACCCUGUUUCCUUUAUGCUUGGAGGCAGGACUGCCAUGUGCCUGCUGGCUGUCAACACAUCAGAGCCUCCAUGGCGAAGAAAUGUGUUUUAAUUUUACUCCUUUCCAUGUCUGUGGUCAGAAGGACUGAGGGAAGGAGAGUGAGGAGGGGUGAGUAGGUCUCUUCUAGGUGUUGGUGCCAUGGUUUGGAGAGAGGAUGGGGCACCAUAACAAUCCAAACUUCAGCCAGCCAUUGAUUGUCCCUCAGACAUCAAGUGCGAUCAGCUCCCCUGACACAUCUCUUCCUUCCCUCCCUCCACACCCAAUGAAUGGUCCUUGAGCAGCUCCUGGGCUAGACUUUCCUCCCAUACCAGUAUAACUACAAUGAAAGCCGAGGAUUUACACACAGGUCAUACUGAUGGGAGUACGGUCAGAAUCAGGCCUGGUGGGCGGUUCUGCCAAGGAUAGUAUAGGUCCACAGGUCCAAUUCUGUAUUUUCUUAGCACUGAAAUGAAAAUUAGAGGAUUUGAGUCUUGCAGCAUUCAGGGAGGCAGCACUACCAAUAAAAGUCACCAGGAGAAGGUCUCUGGUACCAUCCCUAAAUAAAGAUCCUGUUUGCCUGAGUUAAUUGUGGAAGACCAGGUGUCUUCUCAGCCCUUCUGUGGGGGAUCUCACAGUCACUCUGUGUAAACCCUCUCCAUCCCAGGUUAGUUGUGCAAGGGGAAAAUAUCAAAAAAUCAGACUCUUCUAGAGGACGGUUCUUUUGUUUGGGGGAGGGAUUUUAUUUUUAAUUUCUACACUGAAUGUGAUACUGUUGAAAGUGCUAACUGAACAGGCUUGGGGAUCCAUCCCCCAAGAGUGUAGGCUUGCUCUAGCUAAAUACACAUAGAAAUAGUCUGUCUCCCUCUCUCUCACACACAGAAUAUCCCACCAGUUUGCCGCAGUCCUUACCUGAAGGGAUCCUUUCUGAGUGUAAGAGGAGAAUUCAGUCUACAGGGCUCAUUCACAUUUGUCUCUCUACAGAGACAGCCUGCAAAGGCCUCAGUUUUGCACUCUGAUCCGCACAGUUGGAUCCUUAUGCCCAUGCAGAGUCCUGCAGAUGACAGUAGGGCUCUGUGUGGCCCUGAUCCAGAAAAGCAUGUAAGCCAGCACACAAACACUGUUCCAAAUGGAGAUGCUUUCCUGAAUCAGGGCCCGUGGAUACACAGGCCUGCCUGCAGGAUCACGGGCUAAAAGCUCCAGUUGAUGCCAAGAAUGGUGACAUGGAUAUCUGUCCUCUAGGAGCUAGUCUGAAACCAAGAAGACUUGUUGGUUUUUGAUGGAAAGGAGGCACCAAGAAUGUAUCUUACUUCACAGAUGGUAAUAAAAUAAAUAGAUCCAUAAUGUUUAAGGCCAGAAGGGAACAAGCCAUAGAAUUUCACCCAGUGAUUCUGGCAUCAAGCACACAGUAACUUGUAGCUAAGCUAGAGCACAUCUUCAAGAAAGACAUCCAAUCUUGAGCUAAACUUCAAGUGAUGGACACCACAUCCCAGCCAGAGCAGAGAUGAUGGAUAAAGCAAGGAGCCUAUUCCUUGCUCCAUGGAAAGUAUUUCCCUUUUAAGGCUUGCUCUGCCCAGGCUGAGCCCUCCCACAUCCACAUGACAUUAUUUGCAGUUUUAUGUAGCCUCAAUCCUAUAAAUUUACAUGUAUCAGUAAUUUUACUCAAAUGAGUAAAGUUCCUCCCACACUUAAAUGUUUGCAGGACCUAGCCUUUAGCCAUUGCAGCCUGACACUGUGGUGGUCUCCUAAACAUUUUCAAUUAACUUUCCUUUGAAUAUGAAACUUUAUCCUGGGUUUUGUGGCUUUUAUUGUAGACAAAUCUUAAAACUUCUAAGAUGUGUUAAAACUUUUCUGCCCCUUUUAAAAGGAAGGGAGCAGGUAGCUUUUACUUCCUUUUUCUCAAUAUGGCGUUGAUUUGGCUCAAUUGUUUGCUCUCUCUAGAAGAGAGAGUUCUGAAGUAUGUCUGUCUUUAAAUACUAGAUAGACCUUUUCUGUGUGUGUCUGAAGACGACUUUUUUGAAUGAAUCCUGUUUUUGAGCUCAAAGAUUGUAGCUGAUGAGAGAAGAAGGCCGUUGAACUGUUCUUAAAGGAAGAUGCAGUGUAAUAUCUGACCUAUUCCAAUUUACAAUGGAACUUGAUUUCAGGGGCCUAAAAUACUGGAAUUAGAGUGAACAAUCAGAGCCCUCUCUCUGUAGUCAGAUUGAGUAGGGCUAAGACAAAGCCAUUUGCCAUUUGAUGCAUGACUAAACAGAAGACUUUUCCAGCUACUGAAUGAAUCAAUAGAAUGUAUCUUCCCUAUGCAUUUAAGUGCCAAGCCGAUCCGCUGGGUCCUCAUCUACAGCCGGGAAAGGAUCAGUGCAACAGCAGCCCUGCUUGAGAGACAGCUAAUUUAGACCCCAUCAUUUAUAUGCAUAAUUGGGAUUAUGUUUUCCAAUGUGCAUUACUUUGAAUGUAUCAAAAUUGAAUUUCAUCUGCCAUUUUGUUGCCCAGUCACCCAGUUUUGAGAAAUCCGUUUGUAGCUCUUCGCAGUCUUCUUGGGACUUAACUAUCUUGAGUAGUUUUGUAUCAUCUGCAAAUUUUGCCACCUCACUGUUUACCCCUUUUUCAAGAUCAUUUAUGAAUAUGUUGAAUAGGACUGGGCCCAGUACAGACCCCUGGAGGACACCACUAUUUAUCUCUCUCCAUUCUGAAAACUAACGAUUUAUUCCUACCCUUUGUUUCUGAUCUUUUAACCAGUUACCAAUCCAUAAGAGGACCUUCCCUCUUAUCCCAUGACUGCUUACUUUGCUUAAGAGCCUUUGGUGAGGGACCUUGUCCAGGCUUUCUGAAAAUCUAAAUACACUAUAUCCACUGGAUCUUCCUUGUUCACAUGCUUGUUGACCCCCUCAAAGAAUUCUAGCAGAUUGGUGAGGCAUGAUUUCCCUUUACAAAAACCAUGUUGACUAUUCCCCAACAAAUUAUGUUCAUCUGUGUGUCUGACAGUUUUGUUCUUUACUAUAGUUUCAACCAGUUUGCCCGGUACUGAAGUCAGGCUUACCGGCCUGUAAUUGCCAGGGUCACCUCUGGAGCCCUCUUUAAAAAUUGGCAUCACAUUAGCUAUCCUCCAAUCGUUUGGUACAGAAGCUGAUUUAAAUGAUAGAUUACAGAUGACAGUUAGUAGUCCUACUAUUUCCCAUUUGAGUUCCUUCAGAACUCUUGGGUGAAUACCAUCUGGUCCUGGUGACUUACUAUUGUUUAGUUUAUCAAUUUGUUCCAAAACCUCCUCUAAAGACACCUCAAUCUGGGGCAGUUCCUCAGAUUUCUCACCUAAAAAGAAUGGCUCAGGUUUGGGAAUCUCCCUCACAUUCUCAGCCAUGAAGACCAAUGCAGAGAAUUCAUUUAGUUUCUUCGCAAUGGUCUUAUCAUCCUUGAGUGCUCCUUUAGCAUCUUGAUUGUCCAGUGACCCCACUGGUUGUUUAGCAGGCUUCUUGUUUCUGAUGUACUAAAAAAAAUUUUGCUAUUAGUUUUUGAGUCUUUGGCUAGCUGUUCUUCAAAUUCUUUUUUGGCCUUCCUAAUUAUAUUUUUACACUUAAUUUGCCAGAGUUUAUGCACCUUCCUUUUUGUCUCUCACUGCUUCUUUUACUUUGUUGUUUGGCCACGGUGGCUCUUUUUUGGUUCUAUUACUGUGUUUUUUAAUUUGGGGUAUACAUUUAAGUUGAGCCUCUAAAGUUUCCAUGCAGCUUGCAGGGAUUUUACUUUUGGUACUGUACCUUUUAAUUUCUGUUUAAAGUAACCUCAUUUUUGUGUAGUUUCCCUUUCUGAAAUUAAAUGCUACAGUAUUGGGCUACUGUGGUGUUUUCCCCACCACAGGGAUGUUAAAUUUAAUUAUAUUAUGGUCACUGUUCCCAAUCAGUCCAGCUACAUUCACCUCUUGGACCUGAUCCUGCAGAUUGCCCAUGUGGGGGGGUCUAGGCCAAUGUUCAUGACUGUAUGUGUGCAUGCAUGCGAGUAAAAUAUAUCUGUCUUUAUUUAGGACAAUAAUAAUGGUUAGAAAGAGCUAAGUUGACUUGGUGUGUUUAACAUGCACUAUAUUUGUAUUAAUGGCCCAACUGCUUGUGUCAUGGAGUGGAAUGUAGGCUUACAAAAUUUGCAGAUGACAUGUAGCUGAAGGGGUUGCAAGCACUUUGUAGAGACAGCACUGGGAUUCAAAACAACUUGACAAAUAUGAGAAUUGGGCUGAAAUCAACAAGAUGAAAAUUGAAUAACAACUUCCAUUAAAAUCCAAAGUCUGAAAGCUGACAUGCAUUAGGUACAGCCAUAGGCAAUCCAGCGUGAAGCAAGCAUUAGUGAAAUCUAUCACAGGGGGUGUGUGUGAGGGAAGUGGGGGAAUAUUAUAUGCCAAACAAGAGGGUUUAAUAACACACCCACCCAACAUAAAUUCUGCUUUCUUACUGGAGGGGGUCUUAUAAAGUGUCCUUAAAGGUUGGGUUUUUAGAUAGCUAUGUAUAUAAGGCUAAAUAUGCUGGUGUCUUUUUGUGGCUGAGAAGUUAAGUUCCUAUUGCAGAAGGCCUGUGUAAGAGUAUGGGGAACUGAGUGUAGUUUUUACUGUUCAGAUACGACAUUUGAUUGUUUAAUACCCAGGAUUGGUUAGAGAGAAAGGACUGAGAGAUCUCCAAGGGCUUGGAAAUAUCCCUUACAUUUUAUGAUAUGGUUUGGAUGUGCCGUUCCCCUCUCACCCGCCCCCCGAUUGUAUUUGCUAAGAGACCAUUUUCUUUAGCUAUAGAAUUUCAUCUGGAAAACCUGUCUUUGGGGCCAAAUUUUCAGCCACUUCCUGCACAGAAUUCCUGUUGAAGUUGAUAGGAGUCCCCCAUGCAUUAGGCUUCAGUCCUGCAAACACACUUAACGUUACUGUCAUGAGUAGUCCCACUGGAAUCAAUGGAACUACAGUACUUGCAUAUAUAAAGCUAAGUGUGUGUAUAGGUGUAUAGUUGUCUGCCACUUUAGUAGGCUAUACAUGAAUUCUGAAAGGAUUCCCCAAUUCUAUAUAUAUAUAUGGCAGUGAAAAUGUUAAAUGUCAACUUUCACUGCUUUGUGGCGUAAAUUGAGGGGACUGUCUGCUGGAAUAUCAUGGCCUCUCUCUCUGAAGAGCACCAUACUGGGUAUUGCUGAGUGAUGCUGAUCAAGUCUUUCCAAAUAAUCUGUGGAUUUACUGCUAUGCUGAAGCUAAAAAUGGCCAUGGUGUAGUGUUGUCAGUAAGUCUGUGACACAAAUACGUCGAUAUAUGUGUAUACAUGAGAGCUGGUCUGCACAAGUAUUCUGUAGUAUGUGUGUAGAUAGCAGUAUGUUUAACUAACAUGACUUAACUCUAUAAACAGGGAUAGUCAACAUUAAAAGGCUCACACUCCAUCCCUCUUGCUAUUUGGGUUGAUGAGAUCCAAUGAGUCCUUAAGGCCCUCUUCAAAAACAACAAACAUCCAUGAACCCAGCGCAUUAUUUACACAGCUUAUCCUUGGAGCUUGGUGCUGCAGUCCUUACUCACGCAAAGCUUCCAUUGAUGCCACUGGGAAAUCAGCCUGAGCAAGGACUUUAUGGUGGGCCCUUUAGACUGGCAUUCUCAAAGGAGCUAAGGAAGUUAAGUGCCCAAAUCCUACUGAAUUUCAGUGGGAUGGAUGCCUAACUCCCUUAGGUCUCUUUGAAUAUCCCAACCCCAAAGUAUGAUUUGGUGGUCAUUGCUCUGUGCAAUUCAAUCCCAUGCAUCUCACCAAAUACCUUGGACCUCCUCGGCAUGGCAAGUCCGUGGGUGUGUUGGGGGUAGCUGGGAUGCAUAAUAAGCAGUAAGAAUGUAGCCCAUAAUGUUGCAGAUUAUGGGCCCUGUCUAGAGCAGAGCCCUUUGGUUCUGGUACAGACUUUCAUACUAAUAUUGUGACGGCAUGUGCACUAUUAAAUACCCCUGGGGGAAGUUCUUGUUUCCAAGUGCUGCGUUCCUAUAGGACUGACCCAGUUUUAUAUGUCCACCACACUCACCAAGAUCUUCUCUGCCACAGUACCCUUCAGAACUCCCCCAAGAAAUGCACAGACCAUGUCAUGGCCAAAUCAUUUGCCAAACUUGAUUGUUUUCUAAUUAAUUAUUAGUUGAAUUAGAACAGUAUAAACCAAGGUUAAAUCAGUAAAAGACAGACAUUUCUGGGGCAUGAUUCAGCUGCCAUUGAAGGCAAUAGGCGAGUUGUCACUGAUGUCAGGAAUGGGCCCCAUUGCGAAGGUAGCCGUAUGCCCUCACAGCACGAAUCUCUGCCAGAGGUCCUAGAAUGUGACUUAGCUGGGGAGACAGACUGGAUAAUGAUUCUGAAGACAAAAAGGACUGUUGUGCAUGGGGCCAUCUGCCUCCUGCAAGGUGCUAAGCACCCUCUAACUCCUGCUGAAGCUGGUGUGAGUUGUGGGUGCUCAGCAAGUCUCAGGAUCAGGCCCCAGUUAUAUCAGUGCCAUAUUUCGUCAAUGGCCCCGAGUCUCCAUUCACUUGAGCUUGACAGUGACCUCAUUGAGUUCACUCCUGAUUUAAAGUCAUGGAGAACUGAGCCUAUUGACCUUCCCCUAGCCAAGCCUCCUAAGCUCUCUUACCCUGGGGUCCUGGACGUACUCUUCCAUGUCCCUGCCUCUUCAGAAAUGCCUCAGGGGCCCAAACUAACUAAGUAACAGGAACCCUUGUGCUAAAUCUCUCCCAGCUUGUAAAUCCAUUGAUUUCAACUGAGUUUCUCCAAGAAAUCGCAGCAUUACAAAAACAGGCCAACCCUUUUCUCCCAGCUGUUCCUUUCUGUAGCUUCAGUAAUGCUUUAUGCUGCCUUCAUUUUGAAUGAUAUUUUUUACAGGAAGUUUUAGUUUUCUAAUCUUGUAUUUAUUUUGUUGGAACAUUUCUGAACAUGCUUUUUCUAUAGAUGUCCAUUCCCUCCCUGUAAGAUACCAUUACAACCUGGAUUACUUCUUGGUCAGUGUGCGUGUGUGUGUGUGUGGGGGGGAUUUUACAUUCAAAUGAUGAAACGUGAGGGCUCCAUUGACAGAGCUGUGAUGAUUCAAACGCCCCAGAUCCUCAAUCUUGAAGGGGGAGGAGCGGGGGGAAAACCAGCUUCCCAGGGGUCAGCAGUCUAACUGCUCAUGAGGUUCAGGCACAGCUGAAAGCAGGAGAGAGGCUGUUCUCCAACUUAUACCAGUUCUGUGCUGGUUUGGCCCCACUGACUUCAGUGGAGUAAUUCCUGAUUUGCACCAGAGUAGGUGAGCUCAAAAUAUGAUGCAAAAAUUCACCUCUACCAUUCCAGAGUGGCUCAACAAGGGGACAUGUAGCCCUGCUGUGUGUCACAUAGAGGGAGUGCUCCUCUGGCCCCAUGCAAUUCUGCUGCACGGAGACGUGCCAUUCCUGACAGUGGCAGAUCUCCCAAGACUGGAUGUGCAUUUGCCCUGGGGAAUAUAAUGCCCCCUUGUGUUGGCUGCACAACCAUAGCACUCUGUUCAAAGCCAGUCAAAUGGGAGGGGAGAGGGGUGUGUACUGACCUGGGAGAGGCAGGGCUCUUUCCAUGAGUCAUGCUUUCUAAAGUUAGACAGUUGGGGGCUACUGGCACAUGACUCUGAGUAAAGCUCUGAAUUGGCGCUAAAAUGAACUCCUUGUCAGAGUUCAUCCCCACGCAAUGACAUGGACUAAUGCCACCUUGACAAGUGACCUCUCUUAUCCCUUUGGUGCAAUUUCAUUAAUUGUCUUUUGCAAGAAGUGCUCUCUCCAGCCUCUGUGAGUGGAGAUUUGCUUCUGCAGCACCUGGAGAUGUGGUUUCUAGUGAUUUCACAAGUGUACAGCCUCCAUUAAUCCUAAUAUCAGUAACUGCUAUUAACUUUGUAAAUAAACUUUGACCGAAAUCCUUAAUUUUGGGACAUUGGCCAAGCUGUAAGUUAUACUCUUAAAUAAAUGUGCUCAUUCCAAACA